AUGAAUGGCACUCUCGUUGCACGGGAGAGUACCUUGAGACAGCACGAGUGCGUGCUGCUGUGUGCACCGACACUCACAGGGAGGGACGAUGGCUUGCUCAGGUUCACGCAGGAUCUGGCUAAAGGCGCAGCAGGAGUAGUAGCGGCAGGCGGAUACGAGGUACUGGAUGCUACCGUAAGCACGCACGCCAGCGACGUCUACAGUUUCAGUAUCGUGGUCUGGGAAGUGUUUUCAAGAGAGUUGCCGGGGGCAAAUUUGGCACACCCAAAGGACGUUUACGUUCAUGUCGUGCUCAAGGGACUCCGACCUAGGUUCCCCGCUGAUGCCCCCGCCGACAUGAUUAACAUGGCGACUGCGUGCUGGGCCGCGGAGCCCAACGCACGCCCCACUUUCACUGCCAUCAUGGAUGGCCUCACGUCGAACAGUUGGGGCGCGUGGAUGCCGCAAUCAUUCCAGAGGGGUGCUCUUUUCUUUAGGUCUCAGACCUCAACCAAGGAGUACUCGGGGGAAACAUGUUAUAUCCAACUAAUAGUGAGUGAUGCGGCGGAGGAGAGCAAGAUAUAUGUAGAGCGUGAGUCACGAUACGCAUCGGUAGUUUUACGAAGAAAGAAGGAUCAGUCAACGCCCGUAUGGUAUUCCUAG